AUGACGCGACCACCAGCUCAAACUCCUUCACAAUCUUGCCUCACGCUAGGGAUAGAAGUCGAAUUUUAUGCUGCCCUUAAGGUUCCUUCUAUUUGCAGGGAGUAUAUCCGUGAAAGCAUUACAAACCUGUUAGGGGACCGCCUACAACAACUGCGACUAUCUGGUCCUGAUGGCGUCGGCUCCACGUUCGAGGUCGUCGACUCAGACUCAGAGGAUGGCCAGCAUGAAAGCAAGUUUGUCGAUUACUCCCACUGGAAUUUGACUACAUUUGCUACAGCACAGCCCCGGAAUUCAUUUUGGUUUAGCGGCUAUGGAAGUCAGCCUAUAGAAAUUAUAUCCCCUCCAUACUGGGCUAGCACUACCCAUUGGGAACUGGACCUUCAACGGAUAUUUUGUUGUAGGGUUGGCAAGUUUAAUCCUAUAACGGAGCAAAAGCUACGUCUGUUCCAUGAGUUGAACCGUACCACCAGCAUUCACGCACACGUCGGCAACGGAGUUGGCCCGGGAUCCUGUUUUCCAUUCCAUACGAUACGAAAUUUGGCAAUGAUACUCUUAGUAUACGAACCAGUAAUAGAUCAAUUGCUCGAUGCAGAAUUAUACUCUUUCCAUACGCUCUUUAACUAUUGCGAUAACUCUCAGGAGCCUCAAUCCAUAUCAUCCACUAAUAACCCAUAUUUCCAGCCCCCAAACCUGCCAGCAAAGUCCGACAGACAGGUGUUAGCACGCCACCUCUUUAACACUUGCACGGAUAUUCGAUCAGUGAUACGAGCAAUGAGUUAUUCACCACUAGACGAAAUCUUGGCUGCGAAUCGCCUGCGGUAUUAUAAGUUCAACUUCAACCCUUUGCUUGACUCUUUGGAUGCACCACUGCCUGAACCUAAACCUAAGCCGGGAGCAGUGGUGGAUAAGGAGGCUUCGAACGGGCAUACUGACGCCACUAUACCAGCAUCUACACCUAAGUCGCAGCCUUCUUAUCCAACCCCCAAACGAAAAUCUCCGACAGUUGAGUUUAGGCAGCAGAUUGGGACGAUGGACCCAGACACGAUGAUCUACUGGGUUAGGUUUCUGGCGGCCUUAGUGGAAUUCUCUAGCAAACUUAGUGACCAGGCGGUCAUUGAGUUUCUUGGGCUGGAAGGUAUCGAUAUCGAUUAUUCCACCUCCUCGAGCGGGGACGAGUCCCUGGAUGAGGAGCGACAAACUCCUUCUGUUACCAUUAAUACUCCUACAAAAUCCUCAAACUCUCUCUCUGCCCUCGCGCUACUCACAAAUAGGCAGCCUGUCGGGUCUCUCUGCCGCAUUCUCACUGCCAUGGAUUCCUUUAUGAUGGAUCUGGAUCGUGAAAACGUUCGGUAUUGGAGACGCAAGGUCUGGCCAUAA